UCUUCUCUUCUCUUCUCUUCUCUUCUCUAAAUGUACAUUGUAUGGUUGUAUGCUUCUGCUGCUGCUACUGUGCAGUAAAUCGGUUUGUCUUUUCUGCAGUACGACUCUCUGUGGCUGACUGUCUCCAGCGCUCUGGUGUCCUGAAGUGGCACAUCAGUUUGGUCAGUUCGUCCAGCACCCCUUUCCUCUCCUCCUUCUCCCUCCUGUAUUCUUCUCUCUCUUGCCUCCUCAUUCUCACACUACCCGACACUUGGAAAAAAAGAGAGAAGCUACGCUACAUGGCUUAGAGAGAAUGAGCUCUGUCUCUCAGCUGCAGACCGAGAGGAGAGGAGAAGGGGAGAGAGGGAAAAGGAAGGGAUAAAGAGGAGAGGAGAAAGGCAGGCGACACACUUGCAUCUGUUGUUGCAGCGUCCUGCAAUCGGGAAGCAAAUGAGAGAGUGUGAGAGAGGCAGAGAGAGUAUGCCAGAGUGAGAGAGAGAGAGGAAGAGAGGGGAUGUCAGAUAGCCGUGUCCUUGAGAACUGCACCACAACUCUUUGAAGAGAGCCGGGAGACGGUUGACACUGCAACCACCUGUAACUAUGCAGAAAAAGUCUGAGUAUCUGAGGACUGAACACACCUUACAGCUGUUACCUGAGUAGAAGAAUAUAAGAAUGAACUUAUCGAAGGGGCCUUUGGUGAACAGCAGCAGUGACGACAUCUCCAAGUCAACUUUCGGUAAAUGUGGCGCUGGCGCCUGGAGGAUGCACCAGAGCUACGAUCCAGUGGAGGUCAACCACAUGAGAGACGCACAUGCCCUCUACAACCCCAGGCUUCUCUGCAGAAUGUCCAGUAAGGAGCGGCACCUUGAGUCCAACUGUCCGUCCUCUUAUAUAAAGACUGAGCCCUCUAGUCCUGCGUCCCUGACUGACAGUCUAAACCAUCACUCCCCCGGCGGCUCCAGUGACGCCUCAGGCUCAUAUUCGUCCACGAUGAACGGUCACCCCAACGGCUUAGACUCCCCGAGCCUCUACGGUUCCAACGCAGGGCCCCUGGGUCCUGCUGGUGGCCCCGGAUCAAAACGUUACGAGGACUGUUCGUCAACGAUUGGGGAAGAUUCGCAGAUCAAGUGCGAGUAUAUGCUGAAUUCCAUCCCCAAGAGGCUGUGUCUGGUGUGUGGGGACAUUGCGUCAGGGUACCACUAUGGAGUGGCGUCCUGUGAGGCCUGCAAGGCCUUCUUCAAACGUACCAUCCAAGGCAACAUCGAGUACAGCUGUCCAGCUACCAACGAGUGCGAGAUCACCAAGAGGAGACGCAAGUCGUGCCAGGCCUGCCGCUUCAUGAAGUGUCUGAAUGUGGGCAUGCUGAGGGAGGGUGUUCGUCUGGACCGGGUUCGUGGUGGGAGACAGAAGUAUAAGCGCCGGAUAGACGCGGACAACAGUCCAUACCUGAAUCCACAACUGGCUCUACCCCCCAAGAAGCCAUUUGCCUUUGGCUGCCUUGCAGAUAACAAAAUCGUCUCUCACCUCCUGGUGGCCGAGCCAGAGAAGAUUUACGCCAUGCCUGACCCCACCAUGCCCGACAGCGACAUCAAGGCCCUGACUACGCUUUGUGACCUGGCCGACAGAGAGCUGGUGGUCAACAUCGGUUGGGCCAAACAUAUCCCAGGUUUCUCCACACUGUCUUUGGCCGACCAGAUGAGUCUUCUGCAGAGUGCGUGGAUGGAGAUCUUGAUCCUGCGCGUUGUGUACCGCUCGCUCUCCUUUGAGGACAAGUUGGUGUACGCUGAGGACUACAUCAUGGACGAGGACCAGUCGAAGCUGGCCGGACUCCUGGACCUGAACAACGCCAUCCUUCAGCUGGUCAAGAAAUACAAGUCUAUGAAACUGGAGAAGGAGGAAUUCGUCACUCUCAAGGCCAUUGCUUUGGCUAACUCAGACUCCAUGCACAUUGAAGACGUGGACGCAGUGCAGAAGCUCCAGGAUGUGCUCCACGAGGCCCUACAGGACUACGAGGCUUCCCAGCACCAGGAGGACCCCCGCCGAGCAGGCAAGCUGCUCAUGACCCUCCCCCUGCUCCGUCAGACCUCCACCAAGGCUGUGCAGCACUUCUACAGCAUCAAGCAGGACGGCAAAGUCCCAAUGCACAAACUCUUCUUGGAGCUUCUGGAAGCCAAGGUCUGA